UAGUAGGCCAGUAAAAUAUUUUCACUGCGUUCAAAGCAGUGCUUAAAUAGCAAACACAGCUGGAAAAAAAGUAAAAGUAAAAGUCAAGUAAAAUCCAAUAAUAUAGCUUUAAAUCAAGAUGACCUCCGAAGAAGACGAGGUUUUCACGGAGGAGGAGACUGAUGAGGCCAUGUUCUUCAUCCGGGAGCACGACCUGCCCAUGUCGGAGCUGCACUACGCCCUCAGGUAUGUCCGCAUCCUGCACGGAAGCCGAUCCCAGAGCGAUCAGACUAUGGGCAUCCAGGUGCCCCAGCCUCCCGUCGCUGAGGUGGCACCACCGCCAUUCGACUGGGAGAACAAGGAGAACCAACCGGUGGCCCGGGACUCGUAAUUGCUUUGAAUGUUUUAUAAUAUUUCAUUUGAAAUGGGGACUCAAAAGAAUAAAUUCUUAAAAGGCAUUUUA